AUGGGGUCCCCCUCCCCUGGGGCGGCCUGGUGGUCAAUCUCCUCCUCCGUCCUCUCUCCGUCUGGUCUCUCUCUCGUCUCUCUCGCCCUCCCACGCACUCUGUCGGUCCCUCGUCUCUCUCUCACCUCUUCCCUCCUCCUUAUCUACCUGUCCAUCUCCGCCUCUCUCCUCUCCGUCUCUCCACCGCUCUCCUCCCUCUGCUCCACUCGCGUCUCUCUCCCUCUCUCUGGCUCCUCCUCUCGUCAUCCUCGUGCCUCUCUCGUCCUCCUGUCCUCUCACUCUCCCUCUUCAUCUCUCCAUCUGGUCGCUCACGCGCGUCCCUCUCCUCGUUCCCUCUCUCUUCCUCUGGCUCCACCUACCUCUCUGCUCCCCGUCUCUCCUCUCUGCUCCUCUCUUCCUCGCCUCUCCAGCUCUGCGUGCUCUCCGGCCUCGCGCAGCAUCCUGGCCGGCAGCCUCACUUCUAACCCUCCCUCCACACCCUCGUUCUCUCCUCACCCUCUCUGGCAUCACUCCCCACUCUCGACUUCCUCCUCCAGUCUCGGACUUCUCUCCCUUCACCUCUCCCUCUUCUCUCUUCUCUCCUCCUCAACGGCCCUCCUCUCUCCCGGGCCCUACCCUCUCCGACCUCCGCCCCUCUCUCGCCUUCUCUCUCUGGACCAAGAUCACACUCCUGCUCGGACCGAUUUCUUCGCCUUCCCUCCCGGGACGCUCGCACAGGUCUCAUCCGUUCACUCGGACCCCCUCCCGUCACCUCUCUCUCUCUCCUCAACAGUUACAGUCCUCUGA